AUGUUGGAGGAUCAAGUGGCGUAUUUGUUACAGAAGUUACUAGGAAAUUAUGUGAGAGGACUCAACAAAGAAGCUCUCAAGAUCAGCGUUUGGCAAGGUGAUGUAGAGCUAACGAAUAUGCAAUUGAAGCCCGAGGCACUCAAUGCGUUGAAGUUGCCUGUGAAGGUUAAGGCUGGAUUUCUUGGAUCAGUCAGACUCAAGGUUCCCUGGAGCAGGCUUGGCCAGGAUCCGGUUUUAGUUUACUUGGAUCGGAUAUUUUUAUUGGCUGAACCUGCAACUCAAGUUGAAGGGCGUACUGAGGAUGCGGUCCAAGAAGCAAAGAAAAGCCGAGUUCAGGAAAUGGAAAUGAAACUUUUGGAGAGGGCACAGCAGUUGAAGUCAGAAAUGAAUAAAUCUUGGCUUGGAUCUCUGAUCAACACAAUAAUUGGGAACUUGAAGCUUUCAAUUUCAAAUAUCCAUAUCAGAUAUGAGGAUCUUGAGAGCAAUCCUGGGCACCCAUUUGCAGCUGGUGUAACCUUAGGGAAACUCUCUGCUGUGACAGUUGAUGAAGACGGGAUGGAAACUUUUGUUACUGGGGGUGCGCUAGACCGUAUUCAGAAGUCAGUUGAACUUGAUCAACUUGCUAUUUAUCUGGAUUCUGAUAUAUCACCAUGGAAUACUGACAAGUCAUGGGAGGACUUGCUACCUUCAGAGUGGCUUCAGGUAUUUAAGUUUGGCACAAAUGAUGGCAAACCAGCAGACCAUAUGAUGAAAAGGCACUCGUACAUUCUGCAACCAGUGACAGGGAAUGCAACUUACUCAAAGUCGCGGCUAAAUGAAUCUGCUAAUAGUGACCAACCUCUACAGAAGGCGGUGGUGAACUUGAAUGAUGUGACAUUGAGUUUGUCAAAGGAUGGAUACAGAGAUAUUUUAAAAUUAGCUGAUAAUUUUGCAGCCUUUAAUCAACGCUUAAAAUACGCUCAUUAUCGUCCACUUGUGCCAGUGAAAUCUAAUCCGAGGUCCUGGUGGAGAUACGCUUACAAAGCUGUUUCAGACCAGAUGAAGAAAGCAAGUGGGAAAUUAUCUUGGGAGCAAGUACUGAGAUACGCAGGCUUACGCAAGAGAUAUAUCUCUCUCUAUGCUUCUCUGCUUAAAUCUGAUCCCAGUCAUGCAAUUGUUGAUGACAAUGAAGAAAUCGAGGAACUUGAUCGUGAGCUUGAUAUUGAACUCAUAUUGCAGUGGAGGAUGCUGGCUCACAAAUUUGUGGAGCAGUCGAUGGAAUCAGAUCCUAACUCAAGGAAACAGAAACCCAAGACAUCAUGGUGGUCAUUUGGCUGGAACAAUCAAUCUUUUAAAGAUGAGAGUGAACCAUUUCAUUUCAGUGAGGAGGACUGGGGACAAUUAAACAAGUUGAUAGGGUAUAGGGAAGGCGACAAUGGACAGUCUGUGAUAAUUAAUGAGAAGGCAGAUACUCUUAAUAUGUCUUUGGAAGUUCACAUGAAACAUAAUGCUUCUAAGCUUGUUGAUGGAGCAGAGGAAUAUAUUGCUGAAUUAUCAUGUGAGGAUCUUGAUUGCUGCAUUAAGCUUUAUCCAGAGACAAAAGUUUUUGACUUGAAAUUGGGGUCAUAUCAGUUAUCAUCACCAAAUGGUCUCCUUGCUGAGAGUGCAACUGCAUCUGGUUCUCUAAUUGGUGUCUUCUACUAUAAGCCUUUUGAUGCUAAGGUGGAUUGGAGCAUGGCUGUGAAAGCUGCUCCUUGCUACAUGACUUAUCUGAAGGAUUCCAUUGAUGGGAUUGUCAAAUUUUUUGAAAGCAAUAAUGCCGUCAGUCAGACUGUUGCAUUAGAAACAGCAGCUGCUGUGCAGAUGACAAUUGAUGGGGUUAAGCGCACUGCUCAACAGCAAGUGAACAGGGCAUUGAAGGACCAUGCGAGGUUUCUGCUGGACCUGGAUAUUGCUGCUCCGAAGAUUACAAUUCCUACUGAGUUUUACCCUGACAACAUCCAUUCAACAAAACUUUUGCUAGACUUGGGAAAUUUGGUCAUUUGCUCAAAGGAUGACUAUGAAAGGAGCUUAUCUGAGGACCUCAAUAUGUAUUUGCAGUUUGAUUUGGUUUUAAGUGAUGUUUGUGCUUUUUUGGUUGAUGGUGACUACCAUUGGAGCCAAACAUCAUCCCAAGGUUCUGCUAGUUCUGUCCAAUCAGAAGGUGUUACUUUCUUGCCUGUUAUUGAUAGGUGUGGUGUAAUCUUAACACUCCAACAGAUUCGAGUAGAGAACCCAUCAUAUCCUACUACAAGACUUGCUGUACGGGUGCCAUCAUUAGGGUUUCACUUUUCUCCUGCUCGGUAUCAUCGAUUGAUGCAAGUGGCAAAGAUCUUUCAGGAGGAAGGUAGUGAGAAUUCUGAUCUUCUUCGUCCUUGGAAUCAAUCAGACUUUGAGGGGUGGUUGUCUCUUCUUAAUCGAAAGGGUGUGGGAAAUAGAGGAGCUGUAUGGCAGCGGCGAUAUAUUUGCUUAGUUGGUCCUUUCCUUUACGUACUAGAAAAACCUGACUCAAAAUCUUACAAGCACUAUCUCAGGAUAGCACAGUUCUUACGUGGAAAGCAGCUAUAUCAACUUCCAGCAGAGUUGCUUCGUGGUGUGGACCAUGUCUUGGCUAUUUGUGAUGCUCCACGUCCCCUGAACAAGGUUGUGGAAGAUGCGAAUGCACUGAUACUACGAUGUGAUUCUGAUGAUUCACAGAGAAAUUGGCAAAGUCGCUUGCAGGGGGGCAUAUAUCGUGCUUCAGGCCCUGCUCCUAUAACUACUCUUUCUGAAACUUCGUCUGAUCCAGAGGACUCAGAAACAGAACGUAAUGACAAUACUGAUGCAAGUAAUAUAUUGAAGAUGGAGCGCUUAUUUAUUACGGGUGCUCUUGAUGAGCUAAAGAUCUGCUUCAAUUACAAUCAUCAGCGUGACCAGAGUUCUGUUAACAUGCUUCUUGCUAAAGAGAAUCGCUUGUUUGAAUUUCGAGCAAUAGGUGGCCAGGUUGAACUUUCAAUCAGAGAGAAUGAUAUGUUCAUCGGCACUGUUCUCAAAUCUCUAGAGAUUGAAGAUUUAGUUUGCUGCAAUGGUGUGUCUCAGCCUUGUUUCCUUGCAAGAUCAUUUGUCCAAAGUUCAGAUGCGUACUCAUUCUUUGAUGAUACUGGGAAUCAAACUUUUGACAACAAUAAUUCGACUCCAAGUGAAGGAGAAGACAAGUUCUAUGAGGCACCAGAAAAUUUGGUUGACUCUGAUUGUCUAAGUUCCCAAAAUUCACUUUCACUUGAAUACUCAUCAUUCAAGCCUCCCAGUUUUAGUCGUAUUGCGGUCUUACUCCCUGGUGAUGCUGUUCAAGCUAGGACGGAGGAUACUGAACUAAUGGAUACCAUGGAUAGUUUUGUGAAAGCUCAGAUAGUCAUCUAUGAUCAGAACUCUCCUUUAUACAAAAACAUCGACAUGCAGGUCACGGUGAGCCUGGCUACGUUGUCAUUUUUCUGCCGUAGACCCACAAUUCUUGCUAUCAUGGAAUUUGUCAGUGGCAUUAAUGUUGAAGACGAAAAAUGUGAAACUUUUAACGACAAUUCACCAUCAGCAAUAGUAAAACAUGAUAGUUCUGGAGAUGAUGUGGUUGAUGAUCAAGAUUCAACUGCCAUUGAGGAUUCUGUUGUUAAGGGUUUGCUAGGGAAGGGAAAAUCCCGGAUCAUUUUCAAUUUGAUAUUAAAAAUGGCCCGUGCUCAGAUUCUGUUAAUGCAUGAAAAUGAAACUAAGUUUGCUACUUUGUCGCAAGAGAAUCUGCUUACUGAUAUCAAGGCAGUCCUGGGAAAUCUAAGAAUUAGUGAUGACAGUCUUCCUGUUGGUCAUGCAUAUUUCUGGAUCUGUGAUAUGAGAAAUCCCGGGGGCAGUUCAUUUGUUGAGUUAGUUUUUACUUCAUUCAGCGCUGAUGAUGAAGACUAUGAAGGUUAUGACUAUAGCCUUUCUGGGCAGCUUUCAGAAGUGCGCAUCGUUUAUUUGAAUCGCUUCAUUCAGGAGGUGGUGAGUUACUUUACGGGUCUUGUUCCCAACAAUUCAAAAAAUGUUGUCAAAUUUAAAGAUCAAGUAACAAAUUCUGAGAAGUGGUUUACGACCAGUGAGAUUGAAGGAUCACCAGCUCUGAAGAUGAAUCUUUCACUCAGGAAACCUAUAAUAUUGAUGCCUCGAAGAACAGAUAGUCUUGAUGGAACAGAAUUAGGUGCAAGCAUAAUCCAAGAUGUAAAUGGGGUUUCUAUUCUCAUUCGUCGGUCACUUCGAGACCUGUUGCAUCAUAUACCAAUUACAGAAGCUGCAAUCAAGAUGGAGGAGUUAAAAGCAGCUCUGACAAGCAGGGAUUACCAGAUUAUUACUGAAUGUGCAGCUUCAAAUAUUUCCGAGACUCCACACACUGUGCCUCCCCUGAACCAUCACUCUGUAUCAACUUCUGUUGAUGCUGCAAACCCCAUUGUUAUUCAGGAUCACUCUGUAUCAUCUUCUGUUGAUGUUGCAAACCCCAUUGUUCUUCAGGAUCCAGUUGGUGUGGAAACUGAGAUACCGAACAGGGAAGCCUGGAUUUCUUUGGAGGUUUCGGUUGUGAUCAAUCUAGUUGAAUUGUGCUUAUAUGCUGGGGUUGCCAGAGAUGCAUCGCUGGCCACCAUAAAGGUUAGUGGUGCUUGGCUUCUCUACAAGUCUAAUAACCUAGGGGAUGGUUUUCUGUCAGCGACACUUAAAGGGUUCACUGUCAUUGAUGAUCGUGAGGGAACCGAGGAAGAGUUUAGGCUGGCUGUAGGAAUGCCUGAGCAGAUUGGUUAUAAUCUCCUUCACUUUUCAUCUGAUGAUGAAAACCAGCAUAUAUCUGAUUCAAAUGCGAUGAAACAAGAUGAGAUCAAACCUGUCCCUACGAUGCUCAUAGUUGAUGCAAAAUUUGGUCAAUGCUCAACAUUUAUUUCUCUCUGUGUCCAACGCCCACAACUGCUCGUUGCACUUGAUUUUCUUCUGGCUGUUGCUGAGUUUUUUGUUCCAACAAUAGGUGAUAUGCUGUCAAAUGAGGAAAAUAAAAACCCCAUGCAUGAGGUUGAUGCAAUUGUUCUGGAUCAGCCAAUAUAUCAGCAAUCCUCUGCUGAAAUCUCUCUCUCCAUUGAGACCCUUAAUUGUGGAAUAUUGCAUUUGAAAGAUAGACAGGGAGUUAAUCUCUCUGCACCCAGCAAGGAGGCUAUUAUAUAUGUUGGAAAUGGGAAAAGGUUACAGUUUAAAAAUGUUGUAAUCAAGAAUGGGAAAUAUUUGGAUUCUUGUAUUUUCUUGGGAAGCGAUAGUGGCUAUUCUGUCUCAAGGAAUGAUCAGGUCCAUCUGGAGGGACAGGAUGAGGCUAUGUUUGUGGACUCUUCAAGAGAAAGUAUUAAUAUUCAACCAUCUCAAGACACUGCGGUUGACAGAUCCACAGAGUUUGUUAUUGAGUUGCAGGCAAUUAGCCCGGAGCUUACCUUUUAUAAUACAUCAAAAGAUGUAGGGGUGCCAUCAAAUCUCUCUAACAAACUUUUGCAUGCACAAUUAGAUGCAUUUGCCAGGCUUGUUUUGAAGGGCAAUACAAUUGAAAUGACAGCAAGUGCACUUGGUUUGAUGAUGGAGAGUAAUGGAAUUACGAUUUUGGAGCCUUUUGACAGCUCUGUUAAAUAUUCAAAUGCUUCUGGGAAGACCAAUAUACAUUUAUCUGUUUCAGAUAUAUUCAUGAACUUUACAUUCAGCAUCUUGAGACUUUUUUUGGCAGUUGAAGAGGACAUUUUAGGAUUUCUGAGGAUGACGUCAAAGAAGACAACAAUACCCUGUUCUCAGUUCGACAAAGUUGGAACAAUUACAAAUCCAUAUACUGAUCAAAUAUAUGCCUUCUGGAGACCUCGUGCACCUCCUGGCUAUGCUGUUCUUGGUGACUCUUUGACACCAUUGGACAAGCCGCCUACAAAAGGAGUUCUUGCUGUGAAUACCAACCUUGCAAGAGUCAAAAGACCCAUAUCUUUCAAACAAAUCUGGCCGCCUUUAGCUUCUGAGGAAAUAUCUGAUCAAGAUGUGGCCAAUUCUAAUUCCUCACUAGAUAGUUUCCUUAGCAAGGAAGGCAACUACUGUUCUAUUUGGUUUCCUGAAGCACCCAAAGGUUAUGUUGCAUUGGGCUGUGUAGUGUCCCCUGGAAGAACACCGCCCCCUCUAUCUGCUUCUUUCUGCAUCUCGGCUUCUCUAGUUUCUUCUUGUCCCCUCAUGGAUUCCUUUUGGCGUGUGGACAAUUCUGUUGGUACUUUCUUGCCAGCAGAUCCUGUGAGUCUCAGUUUAAUAGGUAGAGCAUAUGAAUUGCGUGAUAUAAAAUUUAGGUUUUCAGAAUCUUCUUCAGCAUCCAACAGCUCAGAUCUACAAGCUUCUCCUUCUGGUCACAUUGACAUACAACCUGAAAAUUCGACAUCUGUAAACUCUGGCCGGCGUUUUGAAGCUGUUGCCAGUUUUCAGUUGAUAUGGUGGAACCAGGCUUUGAGCUCAAGGAAGAAACUAUCUAUAUGGCGUCCAGUAGUCCCGCAGGGCAUGGUAUAUUUUGGCGAUAUUGCUGUUAAAGGGUAUGAGCCUCCGAAUACCAGCAUUGUCCUUCAUGAUACUGGGGAUGAAGUGCUUUUCAAAGCUCCUCUGGAUUUCCAGCUUGUUGGACAGAUUAAGAAACAGAGGGGAAUGGAGAGUAUUUCUUUCUGGUUGCCUCAAGCACCCCCAGGCUUUGUUUCCUUAGGUUGUAUUGCAUGUAAAGGCCCACCAAAGCAAUAUGAUUUCAGUAAAUUAAGAUGCAUGCGGAGUGAUAUGGUUGCUCAGGAUCAGUUCUUGGAGGAAAGCCUAUGGGAUACAUCUGAUGCCAGGUAUAAAAAAGAACCGUUUAGCAUAUGGUCAGUUGGUAAUGAAUUGGGUACCUUUGUUGUCCGCAGUGGUUUAAAAAAACCACCAAGAAGGUUUGCUCUAAAGUUGGCAGAUCCCAAUGUACCAAGUGGUUCGGAUGAUACUGUCAUUGAUGCUGAAAUUAGAACAUUUUCUGCAGCCAUUUUUGACGACUAUGGUGGUUUGAUGGUUCCAUUGUUCAAUGUGCAUUUAACUGGAAUAGGUUUCAGCUUGCAUGGAAGAGCUGACUACUUGAAUUCUACUGCGAACUUCUCUCUGGUUGCUAGAUCAUAUAAUGAUAAGUAUGAAUCUUGGGAGCCCCUUGUUGAGCCAGUAGAUGGAUAUUUGAGGUACCAAUAUGACCUCAAUGCCCCUGGGGCAGCAUCUCAGUUACGCUUGACAUCAACCAGGGAUCUAAAUUUAAAUGUUUCAGAAGCAUUUUCACCAACACAUGGUUCGAGAUCUGUCAUCGAUGUCCAUCAUAGGAGAAAUUAUUAUAUAAUUCCACAAAAUAAACUUGGUCAUGACAUUUUUAUUCGAGCAGCUGAAAAUAUGGGGUUCUCAGAUGUGUUGAGAAUGCCAUCUGGGGACAUGAAGCCUGUGAAAGUUCCUGUUUCUAGAAAUAUGAUGGAACCUCACUUGAAAGGCAAACUCAGCACAAAAGUUAGAACAAUGGUGACAGUUGCUAUAGUGGACGCACAGUUGCCAAGGGUUAGGGGGUUGACUUCCAAUCUGUACGUUGUAGCACUCCGCCUUACACCAAACCAAAACCUUGGUAGUGAAUCAUUGCUCCAUCAACAAAGUGCACGUACAAGUGGAAGCAUUUCAAACUUCUUGUCUGAUGAGCUGGAAUUGGUCGACUGGAGUGAAAUAUUUUUCCUUAAAGUUGAUUCCCCGACAAUUAUAUUGGGAGAUGUAGAAUCAAUUGGUUGCGGUUCAGGUUCAGGUUGGACACUUGGAGAUGGGUUAGAAGCACUUUCUGGUGGAUAA